AUGUAGAGAAAGGAAAGCAAAAAGGCCACAAUCCCAAAAAUGAUGGCUAGAGUUCUUUAAUAUUAGGAUGCAUCUGAUAAACUUACUCAAUUUCUCUUUAUUAAAUAAGGCUAGGAUAGAAUACGAAGAAUUAUUCUGGCAUUUUUGAUUGCAGAUUUUACAAACCUUAUUCUGGUUUCAGGAUAAUGGUAUGUAGGAUUUCAUCAAACAUUGAAAGAAUGGCUUGAAGAUUUAGAUAAUCGAUUUAUAAAAGCACAUUUGCAUAUACUUUCAUUUAAGAAUAGUGAUUUUUUAUAAACAAGCUUUUGGGUUGAUAGUACUAAAACAAAGAAAUUAUUUAGAUGGGAUAGAACAAUAAUCUCAGAAGUAUUAAACGGAUUUAAUGGAAAAUGUAUUACUAUUGCUUUCAAAUAUAAUCGCAAAUAUAGAAGUUAAUAUAAAUUUGAUGUUUUACCAUCAAAUUCAAAAAGAGUUAUAUGGAUUGCAAGAGAAUAAACAAAACAUAAUUUUGAAAGUGUUACUCAAGUUAUGAACAUUCAACCAAUUAUAAGUGGAGAUUGUGUUAAGAUAGCAAUUAAUUUUUAUAAUAAAAUGACAUUUAUUGAUCCAGAUACAAUAGAAUUUGAAGAACCAUAGAUUGAAUAAUCUAAAGAAUGCAUUUGUCCAAUUUAAAGUUUGUUCUUUGAUUGGGUGAGUAUAUAAUAUGCAAAAUAGAGACCAUAAUUGAAUGAUUAUCAAGUUCAUCCACAUUUACAUUUAAUAGAUUGUAGAUGUGCUGGAGUUGAUACAGUUGCAUAUUAAUUUGUUUAUGAAGCUUGUGAAUUAGGUAUGCUAUAGCACAAUGAACAUCUUAGGAUCAUUUAGAAAUGACCUUAUAGGAAUACCUAUUGAAGUUGUAUAACAAGGAUAAGAGGUAGUAACAGAAUUGAACAAAGUAGGUCUUGUAAGUGAUAGAGAAUGUAAACUCCAAUUAAGAAAACAAGAUUAACUAAUAUUCUAUUUAACAAGUGGAGAUUGACUAUUUUAUAAAUAAUAAAUUUUAUUUUUCAUAAAAUGGUACAUAAAGAAUUUGGAGAUAUUUUUAAGAGAUUUGUGUAAAUUCCUAUUCUAAAAAAUACAUUUGCUGAACAUUUUUAUUUAGCAUUUUAAUAUCUUCCAGGACAUGCAUUAGAAAGGAAUUCAAAUCAUUUGGUUUUGAGAUAUAAAGUACCAUAAAAUAUAAUGAAUAUGAAUGGAUCAGUUCAUGGAGGUGCAUUAGCUACUAUAUUAGAUUGUGCAACUACUAUAGCAAUUUUGAGAGGAGAUAAAAAUUUAUCAAGAACAGUCAGGUAUUAUCAUAUUAUAUUUAAGUAUUGAAUUAGGUUUAUCAUUUAUAAGUCCUGCUAAAUUAAAUGAUUCUUUACUUAUACAUGCAGUUUGUCAAAAAGUAGGCAAAAAUAUAGCAUAUUCAGUUUGUGAUAUUUAUGAAGAACAUGAUAUGAAAUUGGUAACAACAGGUAGACAUAUAAAAGCAGUUUUACCUGGAACAUUUUUUGAUUCAGAUUUCAAAAAAAUUUCAUGAA